AUGUUUUAUCGUCUUAAGGGCGAGAAGAACAUCUUCACAUGCCCAAGCAGUGACGAGGAUGAGCAGGAAAAUGUGGAAGAAAAGAAGCGCGAAGAGCAAAAGUUAAGCGAUGCCAAUGAGUCCAGAUCCCGCUCACUAUCUCGCGAUAGCCGACGCCAUCGCUCAAGAUCUAUGUCAUUCCACGAGCAUGGACGUCGUGACGCUCCACCACCACCAUUUUUCCCUCCUUGGUAUGCUUGGAUGGAUCCUCGAUUUGCUCCUGUGCCACCUUACUGUCCUCACUCUACUCACUCUAGACGUCACCGACGAGAGAGGUGUCGUCACUGCAGCUGUGAACGUAUGUGCAAGGAGUUCAAAAAUCUGUAA